CCUUGACCAGCUGAGAGGUUCAGAGCAAGAGAUGCUGUGGGAGGUGGGCAGCUCCUCCUAGGAGGCACCUCAGCAGGGAGAUGCUGAGCACCCUACCUCCUCCUGAGAAGCAGCUCCUGUGCCACCACACAGCUGAGCAUCCUUGAGGCCCCUGACCCUCCCAUUUGCUCCACUGUGGUCCACAACUGAAAAAAACUACCAGAGUUGGCAAGGUCCGCUAAAGAAAUGAACUCAGCAGUCCUAUGGCUCUCACCUCCCACACUGAGCUGUUGAGGUGGAGAGCUACCCCUUUCCACUGAAACCAGGAAAUCUUAGUUUGGGAAUAAGGCUUUCCAGUAAGUAAAUAUAAUAUAUGCUCGUAAUUUUAGACAGCAUUAGAAGCGUUUGAAAGUUUUGAUAUUGUUUUAGCUAGCACAAAUAUUUUUGAAAGCAGUUUAGUCUUCCAGAACCAAACCUGGUAUGUCUCUGGUAGAGGCUUAAGAAAGCUGGAUUCUUUGCCUGUUUUGAAACAUAACAAAAUUGCAGCAUGUGAAAGUGUUUUCUUGUUCAGACACCACACAGCAUUUGACAGUUUUCCGCACUGACAAUCAGUGAUGCAUUCAAAAUAUGUGUCAGCCAGACAGAGUAUGGUUCAUGGCUGACAUUCUGGAAUAACAGGUUUUUAGUGACUCACCUCAGUGUCAAAGGGGCAGACUAUUUAUUUUGAUGUAGAUACUAGCAAUGAGAGCUGUUAUGAGGGACUUUCUGGAGCAGGGGUGGAACCAAUCUAACUAUGAAACAACCAUGAAAACCUUUUUAUUUUCAUUUUGUCCGCCCCUGUGACUGUGCAGGAACAUCAUGCUGUCAAAAAGCCUCCAGAGUCUUAGUAACAAGUAACUCUUAAGGAGAGCAGGGGAUUGGGUCCAUGGAUGAGAUGCCAAAGCUCCAUUUUUUUCCCUACAUAUUUUUAAAGGCAAGGGUAAGCUGUGGUGGACCUGAGUUGUAAAGUCAGGACCUAGGUUGUGAAGUCAGGACCUGGGGAAAAAAAAUUCAACUUUGGGUAUUUAGGCAAGCUCAAACUCAGAUUUCACCUGAAAUUUCUUGUGAAGAUGUUAACUCAAGCUGUGACAGAGGUCUCUGUAACACAUCUUUGCUUUCACUAAACAGAGAAAAGAACAGCUCGUCUUUUAUGAUGAGUGUGUUUUAUGUGAAUUCAAUAAUAAAAGGCUCCCAAACCUGCAAAUCCUUUGCAUAUGUGUUUUCUUGAGUAGGUAAGCUCUUACAGGAGCUAAAGCCUUCCAUAUCUUAUUGAACCACUUAUUUAUAGUGGAUACGCAAAGGCUAAGCCAGGCAGCAGCUAUAGUUAUUCAAGUGACAGAAGCUAAUUCGGGGGCUGUUAAGUACCGCUGCAUCAAUUCAGUAAAGCUUUUUACUUUACAUUUAAAUUUGGCUUAUCCAAGUUUGAGGCUGAAGGUGUUGAAAACCACCAGGAACACAGUCACAUGACACCAAAACCUGGCAGACGAACCCCAGUGCUGGCACGUGGCUUGAGCCGUAUCCUCAGCCGUGCCAUUACUGCCUUGCAAUUGCAGCUGAUGCUUUCAUGUGACAGUUGUUGGACAGAAGUUCUAACGAAGGAUAAUUAUGAUGAUGAUCUCGUACUAAUUGUAUACUGAUUGCUGUUCUAAUUAUGCUUAAGCAUUUCAUAGCUAUCCGCAAUUUUGUCUAUUGAUGUAGCGUUUCUUCUCCUUAAAUUCAAAUAGUCUUGCGGUAUUUGAACUUUCUUUAUUGGGGCACUGAAAUUUAAUCGCUAAUUUGCCGAUUUCCUUUCAAAGGGAUCCAAGUUUUUAUCUGAAAUGAAAAAAUGUGUUUUCCUUUUCUACUUUGUUUACCAGCUGGAGACGUAAACACAGGUUUUGACAAGGCUCGCUGAAAGUGCUGUGGCUUUUUCCACUGAUCAAUGGAUUUUGGUGAGAGGGCAUCAACGAGCUCUGCCAACUGGACAAAGUGGCAAUUCAGAGGAGGAAGAAUCAGAGGUUUUUUGAAGUGGUUAAUUUCUAUACAAAUGGAACGAAGACAUUUGCAUUUUCUGGUUAGCUUUUUCCUGAAAAACACAGUGAAUGAUAAAUUCAGGAAAAAGAACUAUUUACAGGGAACCUGUUACCAUAAGUGUUCAACAGCUCCAAACUAUUUCCUGAAUUAACAUGCAAAGUCUCUAUUUCUCUGCUUUUCCAGGGACGCAGAGAUUUCAGCCUUGCUCCAGGUCACCAAACAGGCUGGGGCGCUGUUUUCCUCAGCAGAAGACUGGAGACUUGACUGUGCACCAGAGCCAUUUUAACUGCUGUAGUAAUACCUAGAUUAACAGAUUUAAUAGUAUUAAUUAAUAGAUGAAGUAAUAAUUUAGGAUUAAACGCUUUAAAACUCAACAGUCCCCAAACUUAGGCCUAACACAACAGUGGAGAGCCCUCUCACAGCUUUGAGACGCAUGCCUGCCGUCUCCCACACUGGUAACGCUAUCACAAGCCAGCCCUCUGUCAUGAUUUGGACUUACAGAAUAAUAGAAUCAUAUGGGUUGGAAGGGACCUUAAAGCCCAUCCAGUUCCAAUCCCCUGCCAUGGGCAGUGCCACCUUCCACUGGAUCAGGUUGCUCAAAGCCCCAUCCAACCUGGCCUGGAACACUUCCAGGGAUGAGGCACACCAGAUAUCAUACAGGCACCCUCUACGCAUUGCACAGGUGCUCCAGGUAUCACACAGGAGCUCCUAGGCAUCACAUGGCCCCCCCAGGCACCACAUGGGCACCCCCGGGCAUAACACAGACACCAGUCAUCACACAGGCACCCCUACACUUUGCAUGGGCACCCUCAGGUAUCACACAGGCAUCCUGGGCAUCCCAUGGGCACCCCAGGAGCACUCCUGGGUAUCACGUGGGCACCCCAGGUAUUACGCAGACACCAGUCAUCACACGGGCCCCCCCCGAGUAUCACAUGGGCACUCCCAGGCAUUACAUGAGCAACUCCAGGCAUUACAUGCGCACGCCUGGGCAUCGCACAGGUUCCCCAGGUAUCGCACAGGAGCUCCCAGGCAUCGCAUGGGCACUCUGGGCAUCACAGGGGUACCCCUGGCAUCACACGGGUGCCCCCAGGCAUCGCACAGGAGCUCCCAGACAUCCGAUGGGCACCCCUGACAUCACACGGGCACCCCAGGUAUCACCCAGGUGCUCCCAGGCAUCCCAUGGGCACCACACAGGAGCACCCCCAGGCAUCAUGUGGGCACACCAGAUAUCACAUGGGCAUCUCUACGUAUCUCACGGGUGACGCAGGUAUCACACAGGAGCUCCCAGGUGUACUAAGGGCACCCUGGGCAUCCCAUGGGCACCCCAGACUCCACAGAAGCACCGCUGGAUAUCAUGUGGGCACCUCCAGGCAUUACACAGACACCAGUCAUCACACGGGCAUCUCCAGGCAGUACAUGGGCACCCCCGGGCAUCACAGGAGCACUCCCGGGCAUCGCACGGGUGCCCCAGGUAUCACACAGGAGCCCCAGGUGUCACACAGGCACUCCCGGGCAUCCCGUGGGCACCCCGGGCAUCACACGGGCACCUUCGGGUAUCACAAGGGCACCCCGUCGCAUCGCACGGUGCCCCAGGUAUCGCACAAGAGCUCCCAGGCAUCCCAGGGGUACCACCACGCAUCCCAGGGGCGCCCCGGGUACCCCACGGCCCCCCCGCGUCAUGGCGCGCUGCCUCAGCUCUCGCACACGCGCUCGCAGUCGCCCCGCGGCCCCUCCGAACCCCCCGCGCAGGAACCCUCCACAGCCAGACGCGGGGCCGGCGCUGCCCCAUCGCGGCUCCGGGCGCGGUUCCGGGGCGGAGCCGCCGCGCUGCACGGCGGGAGCCGUUGCUCCGGUCACGGCCGUAAACAGAGCGGCAUGAGCGGCCCUGGCAGCCCCGGGCCCGGCCGCCUCCUGCGGCGCCUGCGGGACGGUGAAGCCAAAAGACUGGAAUUAGAAAGAAAACUAAUGGAAUACAGGAAGCCUGAUGCAUACCUAGUGCAACUGAAACACGAGAAGCUGACAAAAUACUUGAAAGAAGUAGAUGAACGACAGAAACGAUCUAUUCUGCGAAACCAGACACUUUUAAGGGAAUUUGACCAAUUGGAAGCUUGCAUGAAAACUUCAAGUUCAGAGUUGAUUCAGAAGAUGGAAGCAUGGUAUAGAAGAGAAAUUCAAAGGGUGCUAUCACUUCAAGAGGGUGACCUGACAGCAGAAAGUGACAAGGAAGAAGAAAACAGUGAGCAGACGCCGUGUAUUGGAAGACAGGCAAGAAUUAGCACUGGUGCAGCCAUGCCAAGAGAACUGUAUCAUCCAGCAACAGAUUGGUGUGUGGCAGCCCAUAAAGACAUCUCAGCUGCUGGAGGUUUAGGCGUGCGGCAGAAAGUCCCCCAGGCCACAGAGAGCCACUCAGCAUCCGACUUGCCUUCUUGCUCUCCAUCACUUGAAGGACUUGGUCUAGAGAGCAGAAGCACUGAUUUAGAGAGUGAUGCAUCAGUGGAGGUAGCAGCAAAGUGUGGGGACCUGGCAGGCAGUGAGGAAGACUCUGAGCAGCUCAUCUCCUCCGCACCUGAUCCUGAACCAGCUGCUGCUGAAGAGGAACAGCCGCAGAAAAGAGUCCCAGGACCAAAGCCUCCCAUGAGGAACAGGCAAACUUGUAAGGAGGUGAGCCAGGAGAGCAGCGUUGAGCUCCCAGUCCCUGCAAGCGCUAAGGAGAUGAUGCUGAACACUCCUAGCGUGCCACAGGGAACAGCCUCACCAGGAGACAGCUGGGAGCAGGAUAGGGAUGCCCACACUGCAGAGCGCUCCCCACUGCAACCACCAGACCCUCCCACCAUGCAGGAGAAGCCCUCCGUCAGCUCAGCACCAGACAUGCAGUGUGGGAUGCUGGCAGGACUCCCUCGUGCGCUGCAGUUGAUAGAAGACUCAGUGGUGAGGAGGAUCCCCCAGCACCGGAUGCUGUACCAGGGCGAGCAUGUGGGGACGAUGGGGUCUGCGGAGUUGCUCAGCUUUUAUAAUCAGGCUGGCAGUAUGAAAGAAGAUGACCUUGGAGCAUGCGAAGCAGUCGUCCUUCAUCACCUUCGGGCUUUAUUACAAAGCAUGCUGAAUGGAUGCCUCCUACCUGAGAAAACACUCAAUGCUAAAGGUAGAGCAGUGGAUGAAAAGCAAAACAGGCCAGACCAGCAGUCGGAUGUGGACAUGCUGUGGACUUACUUGAGCAAUCAUGCCUUGUUCUUGAAAAAGCACCGGGUUCGUCUCACAGAAGAAGUGGCAGAGAUGUUUGAACGCCUGCUCAUUUCCGGCAAGACAGUGCAGGAUGUCCAGGCUCUCCCUGUAUUAAAAGAGGUCCUUCCAGAAGAGUGUGGGGAUAGGUCGUCUAUUCAGAGUAAUGAACCAUCUUACAGCUCGCCAUCGAUCCCAAAUGACAGCAGGGAAAUAAAGCAGGCAAAACACGUUCCCCAGCUCACCGACGCAGGAGAAGAAGGUUGGGAUAGCAGCGAUAAUAGUUCCGAAGAAAAAGCAAGCCGAGAAAUUCAUUCAGAAACUAAUUUUCCAUUGAACGAAAGAAGUCUUCCCUUCUCAAGGACUGGAACAAGGAAGGCAACAGUAGCUGCUAUAAAAUCCAAAGCUUUCUGGGGCGAAUCUGAUGACAGCAGCUCCGAGAUUGAGGCUGCUUUGCUCCCACAAACUCACAGCACAGAAGCAGAUGAUUUUGAUGAUUUCUAUGAUUAAUAUUCCCCCCGUUCACUUUUGGGAAGAAAUAAACAAUAUCAUCUUGUACGUACCGAGAGUGCCGCUGCCUGAAGUGCAGCCCAUCACUUAAUCAUCAAAGGCAAUUUAAAUACAAAAUAAA